CACUGGAAGCGUUGAACCGAACCGCCUCAGCUGACCGACUGCGGCCAUGGCUUGUACAGGAAUGCUGGGCUUUACCUCGUCACCCUUGAUACUGCACUCUGCAGACUCUUCUUCUUCUUCUUCUAAGGUAUGCAAAUGCAAAGGCAAAACCACCCCUUUCUCUUGCUUUUCCAAUUCUGCGACUUCUGCUGCUACUACUGCCACUACAAGCAAUUCUUCUGACCAAGUGAAUGUUAAUAAUAACAAUAAUACUCAGAAAUUCAAAUAUAGCAGAGCCUCGCCAUCAGUGAGAUGGCCCCACCUAAAACUCACCGAGACUUACCCAUCCUCUCAGACCCAGUUCACUGUUGCAUCUCCUCCUCCGACCCAUGUUGUCGAGGAUGUCGGUUUUUCGCUAAAAGCCUCGGAUUCUGGGGCCAAAGACGAAACCCAGGAAGGGGAUGAUGCGGAAUCUUUGCAUAUGAAUGUUAAUGAUGAAACCCAACAAAUGUUGGGGAGGCCUAGCAAGACUAAGGCUAAGAAAAUGACAAAACUGGCUCUCAAGAGAGCCAAAGAUUGGAGGGAGAGAGUGAAAUUAUUGACAGAUAGGAUUUUAGGAUUGAAACCGGAGGAGUUUGUGGCUGAUGUGUUAGACGACAAGCAGGUUCAGAUGACGCCCACCGAUUAUUGCUUUGUGGUGAAAUGGGUGGGCCAAUCGAGCUGGCAGCGAGCGUUGGAGGUGUACGAGUGGUUGAAUUUGCGGCACUGGUACUCCCCGAAUGCGAGGAUGCUUGCCACCAUCCUGUCGAUUCUUGGCAAGGCUAAUCAAGAAGCCUUAGCAGUGGAAAUCUUCACCCGGGCGGAGCCGGCAGAGGGUAAUACUGUCCAAGUUUUCAAUGCCAUGAUGGGUGUGUAUGCGCGGAAUGGCCGGUUUGAUAAGGUCCAACAACUGCUUGAUACGAUACGUCAAAGAGGGUGCGAGCCAGACCUCGUGAGUUUUAAUACUUUGAUAAAUGCCCGUUUGAAGGCGGGUGCUAUGGUACCAAAUUUGGCUAUUGAACUUUUGAAUGAAGUGAGGAGAUCAGGGCUUAGGCCAGAUAUAAUAACUUACAAUACUCUUAUUAGUGCUUGUUCACGUGAAUCGAAUUUGGAGGAGGCUUUGAAGGUUUACAUUGAUAUGGAGGUGCAUAAUUGUCAGCCUGAUUUAUGGACUUAUAAUGCCAUGAUUUCAGUGUAUGGGAGAUGUGGACUGUCUAGCAAAGCUGAGCAGCUCUUUAAGGAUUUGGAGUCAAAAGGAUUUUUCCCUGAUGCAGUGACGUAUAAUUCUUUGUUAUAUGCUUUUGCAAGAGAAGGGAAUGUAGAGAAGGUGAAGGAGAUUUGUGAAGAAAAGGUGAAAAUGGGAUUUGGUAAAGAUGAGAUGACAUACAAUACUCUUAUACACAUGUAUGGGAAGCAGGGCCAACAUGAUUUAGCAUUACAGCUUUACAGGGACAUGAAAUUGUCAGGCCGAAAUCCUGAUGUGAUUACGUACACUGUUUUGAUUGAUUCACUUGGGAAAGCAAGUAAGAUAAUGGAAGCUGCAAAUGUGAUGUCAGAGAUGUUGGAUGCAAGGGUAAGACCCACUUUGCGGACUUAUAGUGCUUUAAUUUGUGGGUAUGCCAAAGUUGGGAAGCUAGUAGAGGCUGAAGAAACGUAUGAUUGCAUGCUUAGGUCUGGGAUUAGACCUGAUCAUCUAGCUUACUCAGUUAUGUUGGAUAUCUUUCUGCGAUUCAAUGAGACAAAGAAGGCCAUGAUGUUGUAUCAGGAAAUGGUUUUUGAUGGCUUCAUGCCGGAUCAUGCUCUUUAUGAGGUCAUGCUCCGAGUGCUUGUGAGGGAAAACAAAUUGGAAGGUAUUGAAAAAGUGAUUAGAGAUAUGGAAGAGAUAUGCGGUCUGAAUCCACAAGUUAUUUCUUCUAUUCUCAUUAAGGGUGGAUGCUAUGACCAUGCUGCUAGAAUGUUGAGAUUGGCCAUCAGUAAUGGCUUUGAACUGGACCGUGAUAGUUUGUUAUCUAUCUUGAGUUCAUAUAGUUUGUCUGGCAGGCACUUAGAAGCACGUGAAUUGCUUGAAUUCUUGAGAGAACGUGCUCCUGGCUCAAAGCAACUGUUGACUGAAGCACUGGUUGUCAUACUGUGCAAGGCUCACCAACUGGAUGCUGCAUUGGUGGAAUUUAGUAAUACUAGGGGAUUUGGUUCAUUUAAUGGAAGUUCUACCCUUUAUGAAACCCUGAUUCAAGGCUGCGAAGAAAAUGAACUCUUUGGUGAAGCUUCUCAAGUCUUCUCUGACAUGAGAUUCUUUGGUGUCGAACCUUCUGAAUAUAUUUACCGAAGUAUGGUGCUAAUAUAUUGUAAAAUGGGCUUCCCUGAGACAGCCCAUCAUUUGGUUGAUCAAGCAGAAAAGAAAGGCAUUUCGUUUGACAGUGUCUCAAUAUAUGUUGAUGUUAUUGAGGCAUAUGGGAAAUUGAAGCUAUGGCAGAAAUCGGAAAGCUUGGUGGGGAAUCUUAGGCAAAAAUGUACAACAGUGGAUAGGAAGGUUUGGAAUGCUUUAAUACAAGCUUAUGCUGCAGAUGGUUGCUAUGAACGAGCCAGGGCUAUUUUUAAUACAAUGAUGAGAGAUGGCCCUUCCCCAACUGUAGAUUCCAUGAAUGGUCUAUUGCGAGCUUUAAUUGUUGAUGGGAGAUUAAACGAGCUUUAUGUGAUAAUCCAGGAGUUGCAAGAUAUGGGUUUUAAGAUAAGCAAAAGUUCUAUUCUGUUGAUGCUUGAAGCAUUCACUCAUGCCGGAGACAUUUUUGAGGUGAAGAAAAUAUACCAUGGAAUGAAGGCUGCUGGUUAUUUUCCCACCAUGCAUCUUUACAGGAUUAUGAUUGGGUUAUUGUGUAAGGGAAAACGCGUAAGGGAUGUUGAAGCCAUGUUAUCUGAAAUGGAAGAGGCAGGAUUUAAACCUGAUCUUUCAAUAUGGAAUUCUAUUCUAAAGCUAUAUGCUGGAAUUGAGGAUUUCAAGAAGACUGCUCAAGUGUACCAGCAAAUCCAAGAAGCUGGAAUUAAUCCAGAUGAGGACACUUACAAUACUUUGAUCAUAAUGUACUGCAGGGAUCGGAGACCGGAAGAAGGUUUGUCACUGAUGCUUGAAAUGAGAAGGCUGGGUCUGGAACCUAAGUUGGACACUUACAAAAGCAUGAUUGCAGCAUUCGGUAAGCAGCAGAUGCUGGAACAAGCCGAGGAACUUUUUGAAGAGUUGAGGUCAAAUGGAUGUAAAUUAGACCGCUCCUUUUUUCAUCUAAUGAUGAAAAUGUUUAGAGAUUCUGGAAAUCAUUCCAAAGCAGAAAAGCUAAUGGGCAUGAUGAAAGAGGCAGGAGUAGAACCCACAAUUGCUACAAUGCACCUGCUUAUGGUUUCUUACGGCAGUUCUGGGCAGCCCCAAGAAGCUGAAAAAGUGCUUAACAAUUUGAAAGCAACUGGCUUAAAUCUUGAUACACUACCAUAUAGUUCAGUUAUUGAUGCGUAUCUCAAGAAUGGAGAUUAUAAUGCUGGAAUCCAAAAGCUCGUGGAGAUGAAGGAAGUUGGUAUGGAGCCAGAUCAUAGAAUAUGGACAUGCUUUAUUAGGGCUGCAAGUUUGUGUGAGCGUACAAGUGAAGUCCUUAUACUCUUAAAUGCACUCCGGGAUGCUGGGUUUGAUCUUCCAAUCAGGCUUCUGACAGAAAAAUCCAAGUCACAAGUUUCAGAGGUAGACCAUUGUCUAGAGAAACUAGAACCUAUGGAAGACAAUGCAGCCUUUAAUUUUGUCAACGCCUUGGGGGAUCUGUUGUGGGCAUUUGAACUCCGGGCUACUGCUUCAUGGGUUUUCCAAUUGGCAAUCAAGAGGAACAUUUAUCGCCAUGAUGUGUUCAGCGUAGCUGACAAGGACUGGGGGGCUGAUUUUAGAAAGUUGUCUGCUGGUUCAGCUCUUGUUGGUCUUACUUUGUGGCUUGACCAUAUGCAGGACGCAUCAUUGCAGGGUUAUCCAGAGUCUCCAAAAUCAGUUGUUCUGAUAACAGGGACAGCAGAGUAUAACAUGGUUUCCCUUAAUAGCACAUUGAAGGCUUGCCUUUGGGAGAUGGGAUCCCCUUUUCUGCCUUGUAGAACAAGAAGUGGGCUCCUUGUGGCUAAGGCACACUCUCUUAGAAUGUGGUUGAAGGACUCCCCAUUUUGCUUGGAUCUUGAGUUGAAAGAUGCCCCAUCUCUCCCUGAAUCAAACUCAAUGCAACUCAUUGAAGGAUGCUUCAUUAGACGCGGACUUGUUCCUGCAUUCAAGGACAUAACUGAGAGACUUGGACUAGUGAGGCCCAAGAAGUUCGCCAGAUUGGCUUUGCUAUCGGAUGAUAGAAGAGAGAAAGCCAUUCGAGCUGACAUAGAAGGGGGGAAAGAGAAGUUGGAAAAAAUGAAGAAAAUGGUUGAGCUUGGGAGAGAUAAGAAAACCAAGAAGUUUAGAAAUAGGAAAUAUAUUGGGAGAACUCUGCUGUCAAACGUUGAAGAGAUUGGAUUGGAAAAACAAGCUUGGAAAUAGAGUUGCCAAAUGAAAAGGAUGGCAUGACUGUCUUUAUUUUUUAAAAUUAUUCCUACUUCCAUUUCACUGAUAUUUUGGAUGGAAUCAGCAAGUUGUGGCAUCCUUGGAUACCAAUUUGCACUAGCACUCCCGGAACAAGUCAUAGAAGAUUGGUAUUAUGCUCAGUUUAUGCCUCAGCAUGCUUGGAUGAUAGCAUCUUAUUCCAUGCAGAUCAUCACAGACGCUCAGAUUCUAGUGUAAGUUGCUGCUUGUAGGUGAACUAACGCUGAGUUUCUGGCACCUUUAGUUCAGGGCGGUAAAGAUUGGGCCAUGCUCAAGCUUGGCUAAAGCUUGAGUUGAACUUUUUGCCGUGCCUAUGUAUAUGGGAGUUCAGGGCUUUCGCUUCAAGUUAAUUGCCACGGAGUAUUUCCAAAUAUGCUUGGCAUUGAGUUGAUUAUAGGACAGAGUGACCCAUCAUGGUCUGAACUGAAGAGUUGGAAGUACUUCAAAAUAUGCUUGGCAUUGGGUUCUUGUCUCUUUUUUUUUUCUUUUUCUUUUUUCUUUUAUUUGGGUGAGGAAAAGGUGAAGUGGUGGGGAAGUGAGGGAAGAGGAUGAGAAUCAUGUGAUGAUAGAGAAAAGAUUUUUCUUCUGUUUUCAGUUUUUAUGUAAUAAUAUUAUAUGGAGAUAUGAUCUUUUACCUCCCCAAGACAUAACUCUUGACCACCUUACCCAUGUGGCAAGGUGGUCCCUUAGCAAGCUUUAAGGUUUUUUUUUUUUUUUUUUUUUUUUUU